GCAUUAGAUUAAGGUUCUUUCCUUCUACUUCACUUCCUUCAAAGACUUGUUUGUGUCCUAAAGAGAGCUUGUAAUGGCUAGUUCUGGGGUCCUUGUGGGGUGGUUGGUGCUUAUGUGCAUGGUGUUGUGUGGUCUCCAGGCCCAGGCAGCAGUGACUUGUGGGGAUGUGGUGAGGAAUCUGACCCCAUGCAUAUCUUACGUAUCAAACGGUGGCAGCAUUCCACAGACAUGCUGCAAUGGGAUCAAGACCCUCUACAGUGCAGCUCAAACCACAACUGACCGCCAGACUGUUUGCAAGUGCAUCAAAUCUGCUGUUAAUGCCUAUGGAAACCAGUACUCCAACUACAACCUUGACCUUGCGGCUGGACUCCCUGGAAAAUGCGGUGUCAAUAUACCUUACAAGAUCAGCCCCUCUACUGAUUGCGACAAGGUGAACUGAUGCACCAAGGAACGUUCAUUCUCAUCAGGGUUCAGGAUCUAGUAAAAGCUUAAAAUAAGUGGGCGUCGGAUCCACCUAGAGCUUUUGUAUAGACUAGAAGCUCUCUUUUGCACUGGUAGUAGUCCUCAGGUGGAUGGAACUCUAUUGUAAUUGGUGUUGUUUUUAGAUGGUCCUGGUGAGAACAAAAUAUUAAGUUUGGUGUCUGUAUCUGCCCUAUCCGUCUAAACUAUUAAUGAUUACGUCUGAAGUUCUACCAUGACCCUUCUGUUUCU